AUGGUGGCUGCUGCUGAGCUUGGCGGGCCUGACGCUGCCUCUGGCGGCGGCUCAGCCUCACCCUCUGCCAUCCCCCAGGCGUGGCAACCAGAGGAGUCGGGACCACCAGUGGCUCAGGAACGGACCAAGGCGGUGGAGCUGGCGGCGUCACCGGAGCCUGUAACGGCGUCUGUGCUGGCUGCGGCGGUGACAGCGACGACAGGGGAACAGGGCGGAGCCCGGACCGAGGAGGGUGCGUCGGUCGCCGCUGCAAACGCCGAAACUUCUGCUGCUGCCGAGGGCGCAAGCACACAGGGACACAACCUGGGGGGGAGCAGUAGACAGGGUCGCGGAGCUGGCGGGACUGCCGGCGCCGCCCGCGGGAAGACGACGCUUCGAGCCCAGCGGGAAGACCGCAACAGGCAGGCCGAGGCGAGUAGAACGCCGGCCCUAGGGGGGGAGAGACGGCUUGCGGAGCAAGGGGAGGAGUGCGAGGGGCCAGAGGGGGACGGGGCGGAAGAGGCCCAAUUGUCGCCGAAAGGGUCACGCUCGUGCAUGGGCGAUCCUGCAGUAUCUGCCGAGGCUGAUGCUACGCGCGGCCUCUGA